AUGAGAAAUGUGCGUUCUCAAGAAUCGGCAGAGGAAAGAGCACAUCGGUUAAACUCUAUGAGACGAGAAUUGCGGCUCACAGCUGACCGCGAACGGCAUACAUUAUCUCGCGAGUCCGAAACCUACACUGAGAGGGAAUUACGUCUCACAGCUGACCGCGAACGGCAUACAUUAUCUCGCGAGUCCGAAACCUACACUGAGAGGGAAUUACGUCUCACAGUUGAUCGCGAACGGCUUGUACUAUUCCGUGAGUCCGAAACCUUCACUGAGAGGGAAUUACGUCUCACAGCUGAUCGCGAACGGCAUGUACUAUCUCGUGAGUCCGAAACCUACACUGAAAGGAAAUUACGUCUCACAGCUGACUGCGAACGGCAUACAUUAUCUCGUGAGUCCGAAACCUACACUGACAGGGAAUUACGUCCCACAGUUGAUCGCGAACGUCAUAUUUUAUCUCGAGAAUCUGAAACUUUUACUCAAUACGAAGACCGUUUGACAAAUGAUAGGGUGCACCAUAAUAUUGUUCGAUCUCUUGAAGAUGAACAUGAGCAUGAACGACGACUAGAGUCGGGACGCGAAUAUUACAAUUCUUUGAGACAAGAACGAUUAAUAAGUUUGUCUAAUGAAAGAUUAAGAAUUGAAAAUAUUCGGUCUCUUGAAACGGAUGAACAGCAAGAGGCCCGUCUUACUACAGACAGAUUUCGACAUAGUCUUAAUGACUUAGAUGUACACAUAGAAGAUCAAUCUACAAAUUUGGUGGCGUGGUCUGACAAAUAUAAAAUACUGUAUAAAGAAAAAUUUGCAGAAGACUUUCUUCGGAAUAUAUCUCACAAUGAUGAAGACGCAACUAAUGAUAAUUUCCGUGAUCUUUCCAUAAAUUUGUGCUUAUUAGCUCUUCAGGAAGACUUAAGAACAUUAGGCAGUAAAUCACUCUGUGAAUUUGGUUUGCCAACACCAACCUCAGUCGGAGAGGUUACCAAUAUGUAA